AGCCUGCGGGGGCAAGACCCUGGGACAGAGAGAACUGUGGUGGUGCAGCCCCAGAUGCUGAGGGACUGUGGGACCUGGGUGAAGUUCCCUGGGGUGAAGCCCCUCGCCCUGCCUAUGGCCCAGAUCCCUGUGCAGACCCAGGAGGGGUUGGGCUGGCUGGUAGUUGGGGUUCUCCAGGAUAUCUGCUGGGAGGCCCUGUUGGGGGGUGACUGUCUCCCCAUGGGACAGGAUCCAGGCUCCGCUCCUGUAACAGCUGAGGGUUUGAAUUCAAAUCCAGGGAACCAAUUGGCUAGGAUGGAAAUGGUCAGUGAAAAUGCAAAUAACCUGGCUGGCAGGGGGGAGGGGCUGCUGGGCUCAGGAUACCUGCCUACCUGUAACCAGCCCCCUGGGGCUGAGUGGGAGGGAGAGAUGCUCCCCGCCCCCCUGCACACCAGAGAGGGGGCUCACGCUGGCUCUGAUGCUGUGACCAGAGCAGAGAGCUCGCUGCCUGCCCCCACUGGGACUGCAAGGGCAGCUCUGAGCACGGGGGGAGCUGAGAUCCCAUCUGAGUGUGGGAACACCCAGGCAGGGCAGGUCAGCUGCCAAACAGGUUUGCCUGGUCCAGACGUGCUGCUGGGAAGUGAUUACACAGCAGGGAGGGAGCUACCAGGGACAGGGCUCAGGGGGGCUGUGACUCCAGGCCCAGCCAGCGAGAGGGAGCAGGUCCCACUCCCUGCCCCAGCUGCUGAAUCCCAGACCGAGCUGCAGAAGGAUCCCUCCUUGGAGAAGCUGAGGGAACUUGCUGGCCACAGCGCUGCAAACCCCCUUGGGGAAGGCUGCAGGGACAGAGUCCUGCAGGAGAAGGGAUUCCUGUACCGGGAAUGGGCUCCCCAAGGGGAAGUAGAACUGGGGGGAAUCGGGAGGCAGCUGGUGGUGCCCCAGGAAUCCACAGGGUUCUUCCCAUUUGAGCUGCUGGAUGGGAGGAGAGUGAGGAGACACCUGAACCUGAAGAGGGAGGAUUGGAUGAAGAAGAGGGAAGACCCCCGGGGGGAUCUCUUCCCUGAGGUGGGAGACAAUCUCCCCAUCAGGUGUUCCCUGUUCAGAGUCACUGGGAAAGCAGCCCAGAACCUGGAGAGAGAGGUCAGGAACAUGCUGGCUUUAGAUGGGAUCCAGCCGUUUUACAGCCCAUGGGCCUCACUCGUGGGGCUGAUCCCCAAGGGAGACAGGAUGAUCUGGUUUUAUGGGGGCUAUCAGAAGCUUAAAGCCAUCACAGUGUCCGAUGCCGACCCCAUGCCUAGGCCUGGGGAGAUUCUAGACAAGCAGAGGGCGAUGGAGAACUUGGCCCUGGCAGACACUGAUAACAUGUGCAUCUUUAGCCAGACCUGGGAGGAACAGGUGUCCCAGGUGAAGAGGGGGCUGGGCUGCCUCAAGGAGGUGGGACUGACGGUAAAAGCUGGAAAGUGCAAGGGGGGACGGCAGAGGUGUUGUGUCUGGGCCACAAAGUGGGAAGCGGCUGCCCAAGCCCAGAGCUGGCAAAGGCCAAGAUGGGGGCUCUUAACCAAGGGAGCCCGAAUCACAGACCAGAGUGCUGGGAAAAGACCCAAUCCCAGCUUGAACCCCAGGGGUAUUGGGGUGGCAAAGGGUGUGGGCUGCAUAAACGUUCCCACAUGCGGCCUGCAAGUGCCAUCAAGCACACCCGACCUAAGGGAGGGCGUGAGACUGGACUGUCCUGGUGUAACUCACACCAAGGAAUGGGAGAGAUGCUGGGGCAUCCAUGGGAACGCUGGUGGGUUCGAACUUCCCCAGGUCACUGGCAGGAGUGACCUCGCUCAGUUCGGUCUCGAAGGGGGGAGAGAUGUGACGAACUGGGAAAGUUCUUAAUGUUUUCUCUGAGUACUGUGUUGGUGCCUCAGUGUCCCCAUGGCAGUUCUUAAGUAUCUGGCAGAGCCAAGGGCCAGUGCACCUAAAUGCCUGACCCUCUGUCUCCUAGCAACGGAUGGCCUGGGCCCCUCCCCUGCAAAGGUGCCAGCUGAAGGUGUUGGAGACAAAGGGAUCAGGUGACCUCCUGGCCCGGGAAAGGGGCUGAGGAGAGAGGAGGGACUGGGAGGGGUUGUUAGUCUGGAGCUGGCUGGGGUCAAGGGUGGAGGGCAGACCUGGGGGUCUGGCUCACUGCCCCCCAGAAUGGACCCAGCCGAGGGGUCCGGUUCGCUGUAUCUACAAGCUCUGUUUUAGACCCUGUUCCUGUCAUCGAAUAAACCUCUGUUUUACUGGCUGGCUGAGAGUCACGUCUGACUGCAAAGUGGGGGUGCAGGACCCUGUGGCUUCCCCAGGACCCCGCUGGGGUGGACUCGCUGUGGGAAGCGCACGGAGGGGCAGAGGAUGCUGAAUGCUCCAAGGAGAGACCCAGGAGGUGAAGACGUGUGAGC